AAAAAAAAAAAAAAAAGAAAUCCUUUUCACUAUUGAUUCAAGACGACAUGAUGAAAAUUCACAACUCCAAUCCAAAUUGGGAACCGACUCUCUUAACCCAUCCUAGUCUCUAUAAAUAGAGAACCUCUAAAGUUUAAAGAGCUCACAAAACCAUAAACCAAAAGAAGAGAAGAAAAAGAAGCGAUGGGUCUCUCUUGGACACGUAAGUUACUCGUAGUCCUCAUGGUUUCUGCGUUCGUCUUCUCCGGGAGUGCUGAUGCGUGGAGCUGGAGUUGGGGUUCUGACCAGUCCGGUUCGAACGGGGGUUGGGGAUGGAGCUCCGGCAACUCUGGCGGUUCUUCUGGCUCGGGUUCAGGUGGUUCAGACUCCAACUCGGAUGGUUCAGGCUGGGGUUGGGGAUGGAGCUCGGACGGAACAGAUACAAACUGGGGUUGGGGAAGCAGCUCUGGCUCAAACCAUUCAAGUGGCACUGGUUCUACACACAACGGUCACAGCUCUGGCUCGAACCAUUCAAGAGGCACUGGCUCUACACACAACGGUCACAGCUCUGGCUCAAACCAUUCAAGCGGCACUGGCUCUACACACAACGGUCACAGCUCUAGCUCGAACCAUUCAAGCGGCACUGGCUCUGCACACAACCGUCACAGCUCUGGCUCGAACCACUCAAGCGGCACUGGCUCUACACAUAACAAUCACAGCUCUGGCUCAAACCACUCAAGCAUCGUUGGUCCUACACACAAGAAUCACAGCUCUGGCUCAAACCACUCAAGCAUCAUUGGUCCUACCCACAACGGUCACAACUCUGGCUCAAACCACUCAAGCAUCGUUGGUUCUACACACAACGGUCACAGCUCGGGCUCAAACCACUCAAGCAUCAUUGGUUCUACACACAACCACACGGCUCCAUCGGUGGGAAGAAAGAUUGCGGUUACUGUAUGGGAAAACGGAUACGGUUACACAGAAUGGACUGCAAAGCAUGCCCCAUUCUACGUCAACGAUGUUCUUGUUUUCACGUACAACAACAAUGACCAAACCCAAUCCAAGACAAAGCACCACAACAAGAAGAAGAACGACGUCUACUUGCUCCCAGACAUGAAGAGCUUCAGGAGAUGCGAUGUGGCCAGAGGCAAGAAGCUGGUGGCACGAGGUGGUUCAUCAUCAAGAGGCUUCAAAUUGCUUCUCCGUAAGGUUCAGACUUACUACUUCGCCAGUGGAGACCACAACGGCUGCAACCACAACAUGAAGUUCUCUAUCCACCCGAUUCCCCACCCUUCUUCACACUAACUUUAAAUCCACUUCCCCUGUUAUUUCCUUUCCUUUCAACUUCUAGCUACAUUAUUUGUUACAUAUUCAGAUUCUGUUGCUCUUUUUUUGUUUUUGUUGUUUCUUAUUGUUAAGUCAACUAGUCUUGUUCCAGGAAUAUAAUACACAUUCGUUUAUGCAACGCAAUUUUUUUUUAAAAAAUUGCGUUUGGAAUGUAGAACCUUUUGAUGCUUAUACAGAGGCUUCAUUGUCUUUUCUU